AUGGCACCUAGAACCACUAUCAUCAAGGAACACGAGAAUUGGCGAUUCGUCCUGCAUGCGGACAACGGCGUCAAGAGGGAUGGCAUGCAUUGA